AUGCAAAUACCAUUUGUUGGUUUUCAACCACUACGCACUAGUGAACAUAUGGCAUCAAUAGGAGUGUUCGCACUUCUUCAAGUUGUUGCUUUUUUCAAAUAUCUACAAACCCGUGUUCCCUCUGAUACGCUGAAGCAAUUAUUUACAUUUGGUGCCAUUUUUUCUGCUGGAGUUAUAUUUGUUGUUGUAGUUGGGCUGACAUAUGCUGGUGUUAUUGCACCAUGGAGUGGCAGGUUUUAUUCUCUAUGGGAUACUGGUUAUGCUAAGAUACAUAUUCCAAUUAUAACAUCCGUUUCUGAGCAUCAACCAACUUCAUGGGCAUCUUUCUUUUUUGAUCUUCAUGUAUUAAUUGCUACAUUUCCAGCUGGUGUCAGACUUUGCUUUAACAAUUUAAAUGAUGAACGUGUUUUUGUUAUUCUCUAUGCAAUAUUUGCAUCAUAUUUUGCUGGUGUUAUGGUUCGUCUUAUGCUUACAUUAACACCAAUUCGAUUUCCCAAGAAUUUAGGACAAACAUCUGAAACCUAA